GGUGCGAAACAUUACGAGGAAUUGAACUUUUGACGAUAUAAAUUUUUAGGGUUUUGAGUUGUGUUGGUGGCGGGGGUUCUAUUUAUUGAUGAAAUGAGAAGCAACCCUUAUUGUGUCUGUGAUGAUGCUGAUGAUACAAGGACAAAUGGGUAUCAUUAGAACAAAAUGUUUGGGGUUUUUAGUAGUUCUGCUUUUUGUAUCAUUUGCUGUCAGCUUAGAUGACCCUAAGGAUGAAGAAGAAGAAUGUCUUAACGAAUUAUUAGAUCCAGCAACCGGGCAGAUUGAUGAUAAUCUGGCUGAGCUGUUACGGAUGAGUUGCAGACAAGAUUUGAAUACUUUGAAGGAAGCUUUUGAAGAUCCCAAGUUACAUCUUUUGGAGGAAACACAAAGCACAGCCGAUGAUAUCGAUAAAAAAAGUCACUCAUUAUCAAAAGAAAGCUUUAAAAAAUUGAUCAAUGUUCUCCGUCCCAAGUUAAAGCAAGCUCUCUCUGACUGCAUGAGAAAGAAUAAACUUCUAAUCCAAGAAUCUGGAAAAGAUGGUGGCUUUAAGACUUGUUACCCCCAUUAUUCCGAGUCGUUGAUUCGCUGGUGCGAGAUUUCUAGAAGGAGUUUAGCUGCUCAGAGCUUUGCAGUAGACUCUGCCUCGAAUUUGGGUCCACCCUCACCCCGAUCCUCAGAUCCAGCCUCUUCUCUUAGUAAAGAUCUAUCUCUAAGUGUCGCAUUAUCGACUUCUAAAUUAACUAUACAUAAGAAACAAGCUGAACUUGAAGAAGAGGGAGAGUUAGUAGAGGAAGGUUCAGAAGAGGAGGGGAAUGAUGCCAAUAUAGUUAUUAUUGCUUGCGUCUCGACUGCAGUAGUAUCGUCUCUUAUUGCAUUUGUGGUACUUAUGUUCUUCUGUAAUAAAGAUUCUGGAUCUUCAUUAGAUGAUGAGAAUGCCCUUAGUUUAAGAACUGAUGCCCCAGGUGGUUCUCUUGAUGCUGCUGGAUCUAGUGAAGAACCAAGCCUAGAAAAAAUUGCUUCAACUAAUGGCAUUGACUCCGAUGCACUACAAAUCUCCUUAGAUGGAGAGUCGUCAGAUGGAAAUGCCGCCAAUGCCUCAGCUGAAUCUUCCGAGGCACAAGGCAAUGCCGGUUUGGAGAUACCGUUGCCUCCGGGAAGGGCCAGUCCAGGUGGUUUACCUCCUUUGAAGCCUCCUCCUGGCAAAGAUGCUCCUCAACCUCCUGCCCCGCCUAAUGCUCCUCCACCACCACCACCUCCCUCUGUAGGCCCUCGACCUCCUGCACCUCCAGGUGCUGAACCAGCUCCUCCACCACCUCCUCCUCCUAAAGGUGGUGCUCCUCCACCACCUCCCCCCAAAGCUGGUGCUCCUCCGCCACCUCCUUCAAAAGGUGGUGCUCCUACGCCACCUCCUCCGAAAGUUGUUGGUGGUCCAAGACCACCUCCAGCCUUAGGUUCAAAGACGCCUCGACCACCAAAUGCCUUGGGUCGUGGGGGACCUGGUUCAGGCGAGGCUAAAGCCAAACUGAAGCCAUUUUUUUGGGAUAAAGUUGCAAACGCCCCUCAGCAAGGACAGGUGUGGGGUCAGAUUAAAGCGGGAUCAUUCCAGAUCAAUGAGGAGAAGAUAGAAACACUGUUUGGGUAUUCACCCGUUGAGAAGAGCAAAAGUGAAAAAAAAGAGUCCACUAAGAAGGAACCUCAGUUUAUUCAACUCCUAGAUCCCAAGAAAGCACAAAAUUUAUCAAUCCUUUUGAAGGCAUUGAAUGUGACCUCAGAAGAAGUUUCUGAUGCACUUGUUGAAGCAAAUGAGCUCCCGUCUGAACUCCUCCAAACUUUACUGAAGAUGGCACCGACAGAAGAGGAAGAACUCAAACUUAGACUGUUCACUGGUGAACUUACUCAACUCGGCCCUGCUGAGCGGUUCCUGAAAAUCUUGGUCAACAUUCCUCAUGCAUAUAAAAGGAUGGAAACACUGCUAUUUAUGUGCUCUCUUCAUGACGAUCUUACUGCAAUUAGAGAAUCCUUUCAAACAUUAGAGUCUGCUUGCAAGGAACUUAAAAGUAGCCGCCUUUUCCUCAAACUCUUAGAAGCUGUCCUUAAAACUGGAAAUCGCAUGAAUGAUGGGACAUUCCGUGGUGGUGCAAUGGCUUUCAAACUUGACACACUUUUGAAGUUAGCAGAUGUUAAAGGAGUAGAUGGGAAGACAACACUAUUGCACUUUGUUGUCCAAGAAAUAAUACGCACUGAAGGUUUGAGAGCUGCCCGUGUUGCAAGAGACAGCAGAAGUUUUAGUAGCAUACAAUCAGAAGAUCUUCUUGAGGAUAUUUCUCCUGAUGAAGAAGAGCACUACCGCAACCUUGGUCUCCAGAAGGUUUCAAAUCUAAGUAGUGAACUUGAAUAUGUCAAGAAAGCUGCUGCUCUUGAUGCUGAAAACUUAACAACAUCUGUUUCCAAAAUUGGCCAAGCAAUGGUAAAAACACGUAAUUUCUUGAACACGGAGAUGAAGGAUGUUGAUGAAAAAAGUGGUUUUCACGACACCCUAAAGACUUUUGUGCAGAAUGCUGAGGCUGAUGUCAUGUCGUUGCUUGAGGAGGAGAAGAAAAUAAUGGAUUUAGUGAAGAGCACUGGCGAUUACUUCCAUGGCAAUGUCAAAAAGGAUGAGGGCUUACGAUUGUUUUCCGUUGUUCGAGACUUUUUGAUUAUUUUGGAUAAGGUGUGCAGAGAGGUUAAAAAGAACCCUAUUAAGCCACCACCUAAAAAGCAGGGGUCCAAUGUAUCAUCUACCUCCGAGUCUCGUGCUGCACCACCUUCUCCCGAUCCUCAUGCUGCACCACCUUCUCCUGAUCACCAUGCUGCACCGCCCCCUCCUGAUCCCCAUGAUGCACCACCGCCUCUUCCUGAUCCUCAUGCUGCACCACCGCCCCCUCCUGAUCCUCAUGCUCCACCAACGCCUCCUGAUCUUCAUGCUGGACCACCGCCUCCUCCUGAUCCUCGUGCUGCACAACUACCUCCUCCUGUUCCUCGUGCUGCACCAUAUUCUCCUGAUCCUCGUCAGAAGAUUGCUAAUGCAAUUUCUCAGCAAAGGGUGGAUAAUUCUAGUUCCGAUUCUAGUUCAGACGAGAUGAGUUAGUAUUUGUUCAUUUGGAAAAGGUAUUAUAUUCUUACCCUUAUCAAGCAAAUCUUCUACUUUGCCACAUUAUAAACUGAAACUUAAUACUGAGACAACAUAUGGCAUAAAUAAUG